AUGUCAAGAUUCGUUGAUUCGGCCGAUGAUUAUGAACAACCACAUCAUGUUUCACGUGGUGACGUUCAGAUAGAUGCGAAACACUUACCCGAACUUAAACAUGAAAUAUUUGGUAUUGGCGCUGAUCGUCAUGCAGCAAAAUUCGCGGAUAAACUGGAGAACGCUAUUGAAUUUAAUGGGAACGAUUUGUUCAACAAAUUUAAACCAAUGUUUCAAGACAGAAACAAAGCGUUUCUCUACAAAACUAUCAUGGAUAAGCAUAACUAUGUUCCAUCGAGAGAUCGUCGCGUCCUCAUGACACGUUGGCUUACAUUUACAUUACCCGACAGUACCAGCACUUUUAAAACAAAAGUCACUUAUAAAAGUGAUACGUUUACCUACGAUCAAAAUCAAGAUAAAUCGACGAUAGAAUGGCAUUUGAAUUUUGCUAAUUAUGAUUUAUUUUCCUAUUAUAGUCAGCGUCUUCUCGCUCAAGACGAAUUACAAGUUCUCGAAUGUUUUCAGUUGGCAUCUAUUCGAGAAUAUCUAUGUGGUUGUAAUUAUUCGUUUAGCUCAAAAGUUGGUGAGAAUGGUGAAAAACCUACACCAAUUCUCAUCAGUAAUGUAGAACGUGUAUUAAAUAUAGAUACAACAAAUAUUUAUGGUAAUAAAUUCACAAAAGCAACACAGCAAGAGAUUAUAGAUGCUUCUACAUACCUCAAUCCAGCAAGUAUUGUUAACAUUUUGGCUAUUGAAGCUCCAAAAAGUGGUCAAGGUUCAUAUAAAGAAUCAGAAAUUAGAUAUAUCCUCUUAACGUGUUACACAGGCUUUAUGGCAGCAAAACUAUUAGCAUCAAAAACUAAUCAAUUAAAUGAAAUGCAACAAAAAAUAACUAGUAGUAGUUUGUCAUUGAAAACUAUCAUUCAUACGGGCUGGUUCGGUUGUGGUGCCUAUGGUGGAAAUCGAAUUCUUAUGCUCAUUUUACAAAUAAUAGCAGCAAAAUUAGCUGAAAUUCAUGAGAUCGUCUUUCAUACAUUAGCCAUUGAUUGUGAAGCGGAAAUAAACGAAGCCAGUGUAUGUUUGGGAGAAAUAGAGAAAAGUGGCAGGAUGGAUAUAGACGGUUUAAUUAACCAUUUAGUAAAGAAAAAUUAUAAAUGGGAUAUAUCAAAUGGGACAUAA